UGCCCAAAUAUAAACUAUGUUUCUUGGCGUAGUGACAGAUUGAAAUGGGGAGGAGUUUGGCAGACUGAGUUCAGUUCAGGACAGACUGAAGGACAACAAGAAGAAAGACGUUUCGGCCGAAAAUAAGAAGAUAAUAAAAGAUACUGAGUAUUGCCUGCCUGCAGGACAAUGUCGCUGUCUCCAGUUGCCCUGGCCGCUCGUCGAGUGUUGGCUGCUGCGUCACACGCAAGCCAUGAGGGAAAAGCAAGGACCUGGAAGAUACUGAGCUUCACGGUGGCUUUGCCUGGUGUUGGUGUCUGCUGGCUCAACGCUUACAUGAAGGGCAAGGCCCAUUCGCACGAACAGCCAGAGUUUGUGCCAUAUUCCCACCUGCGUCUCCGCACCAAGAAAUUUCCCUGGGGCGAUGGAAACCACACUCUGUUCCACAACCCUCACACCAAUCCGCUGCCCGAUGGCUACGAGAAGGUUGAUCACUGAGAGUCUCAUUUCUCAGCUGUGUCCUGCUGCAUGCUUGAAAAAACACCAGUCUGCUGUGUACUUGGCUUAAUUAUACAGACCAGGGGGCCAAGCUGUACCGCCAUCACGCGGUGCACCCAGAGAGCAAUAAAACCACUUUAUUCUGUGAUAUAA